AUGGCGCUCAUAGCAGCACAGGCGGAGGCCCAGAUGCAGGAGGUGUUCCGGGCUGUGCUGGGUACGGCAGGGAAGCGGGCGCAGACCACCCUGCUGGACGAAGCCGACUCCAGACCGGACAAGCACAAUCGACCCAACGGCAAAGGGGGAGCAGGAAGGGGCGCAGGGAGCCACGGAUGGAGGGCCAAUCGCACCAGCAAGAGGGCAACAGUCAAGAACAUGGAGAACGAGGAAGUUGGUGCCGACGAGUUGCUCAAACUCCUUUGCAGAGUGGUGAUACGGCAGGAGGAUACACUCAAUAUACUGAAGCAGUCCACCAGUUGGGUGAUCUUUGCCCGGACGGAGACGCCAUCGGUUAUUCCAGGUUUGGUGAUGGCAUCACAAAAGUGGAAGGAGGAGAUCACAAAACCGAACAGUCAGCUCAGCGGUGUCAGCCUGCACACCACCCUACUUUGGUGUCUACUCAACCAAGUGAUGGAGAUACUCAAGAACGUCACGGAGGAGCAGAUGAAGAAGGCCAAAGAGUCGGGAUGGUGCACCGAGCAGGGGCAAUGGGUCUACCAGAAAUGGUCGCCGGCGAACCAAGCCCUGGAGCAGGACGUGGCGCGAGUGCCAUUACAAACAUCAGCCAUGAUGAAACUGGUGGAGGACCUCAAAGCCCUGACCACGGCGGAGAUCGUCACAGCUUUCCAUUCCAAGAGACCAUUGACUCCGAACAUGCAGGGGGCCAUGGUGGUUCUGCAGCUGGGCGUAAACUUCCGCAAGCCAGAGGCCAACAAGUUCUACGAUUUGCUAGAGCAGUUGAUGGGGCAGGCGUCCUUACAGAUGGGAGGGCUGCAGAUUCGCAAGGAAGGAUACAAGAGAUCCGCAGCAGUGAGCAAGCUGGACGAUGCUGUGGGUGGUGGCCACAGAUCCAAGGAUGGAGACUUCGCUUACGAAUAUUGGUCGUAA